AUUAAUGCAUUUGUUUAAUAAACAUGUAUUUAACAUCAUCAGGGUUGGAUGCAUGAUGAAAGCUAUACAUGCAAGGUUAUUCACAUAGACAAAUAUAUCAACUUCUAAUAAUAAAAAUGAAAAGGAAAUAAAAGUCCAAACGUCUACUAUCCCGAAACUUGUUCACACAGAAAUUAAAAUAUUAAUCCCUAGUUUCGCCAAAACCCUAUCUCCUCCCUCUUCCUCCUCCUCAUCCUCCUCUUUCCAAUCUCAUAAUACUGAAAAGCUUUGUCCUUUGUAUUCUCUUCGCCAUUUUCUUGGACUUGACCACAUAAAUACUUGAAUCCCCAUAUCAAAUGCAACAAGUUUAGCCUAAAAACUACUGAUGAGCUUUCUUUUGCAUGAUAUAUAAGAAGAAAAGGAGAGUAUCCAGACUGGUAAGGUGGAUCGGAGACAUGGGAAGAGGCCCCUUCCAUCCGAUGAACCGGAGAAGAAAGAGGAAGAUCAUAUCUUUCCCAUCUACUCAGCUCAGUCACAGCAAGACAUGUCUGUAAUGGUUGCAGCCCUAACCCAAGUCAUAGGAAAUAGCAGCAAUAAUAACCCUCUUCAACUGGAUGAGAAUCAAUUAUCGUUGUCCAGUAACUCAGAACAACACCAAUCUCAACCAUCUCAAGAUCAAGGGAAUGUGAGGAGAAGAAACUAUAGAGGAGUGAGGCAAAGACCGUGGGGAAAAUGGGCUGCUGAGAUACGGGACCCGCAGAAGGCAGCCAGAGUGUGGCUUGGGACUUUUGACACGGCGGAGGCAGCCGCAUUAGCCUAUGAUGAAGCAGCCCUUGGGUUUAAAGGAAGCAAAGCCAAACUUAACUUUCCAGAAAGAGUUCAACUAGGAAGAAUAGAUUAUAAUCAGUUGAGUACUAAUUACCUCACCAACCGUCGUCAAGGGGUGCAUCGGCAGCCACGGUUUGUACCGCCUCCUCCUCCACCGCAGCAAAUUACAUACCCUAAUACUUCUCAUCAGUACAUGCAGUUUCUUCAAAGAGGAGCAAACUAUGGUUUUCCAGGUAUCUAUGAAACAGAACCAUUUGGUUUGCAGAGUUCCUCCUCAUCUUCAUCUUCUUUGUCUUCAUCUGAACAACAGGAGGGUCAGAUUGUGAGCUUCUCGGUGCAGUCUUCGGGUUCUUCUUCGAGUUCAGAUCCUCCUCAUGGCACUAGGAGAGGCUACGAUAAUAAUUAUGAUCCUCGCUCAUCAAAUAAAUAGUCCAGGUUUGUUUUUCUGGGAGCAUGCAAUGUGUCAGAUUGUCUUAAGGUUCCUGUUUUUCUGCUUCGAAAUUUCUUUAUGUUUUUGGGAUUUUGAGAAUUGUUUGCUGUGAUGUAAUUAAAUUAAUGAUCGUGUC